AUGCUCGUCGACCCCUUGAUCGGCUCCUACAAUGGUGGCAACGUGUUCGCAGGAGCAACUCUGCCCUUCGGAAUGGCAAAAGCGGUUGCCGAUGUCUCUGGUCAGAAUACUGCCGGCUUCAGCUACGAUGGCAGCAAUGUGACUGGCUUCUCGGCACUCCAUGAUUCUGGAACUGGUGGGCAGCCGAGUAUGGGUAACUUUCCAUUGUCCAUACAGUACUGCGAUACUGGUGCCGGAAUCCCUUGCAGAUUUGGCCCCAAACUCGAUCGUGCUGUAGAUAUUAUCAAUGGGAGUGUCAAGGCUGAACCAGGCUAUUUCUCGCUGAAACUCGCAAAUGACAUGGUCAUGGAGAUGACGACGACCGAGCACGCAGCACUAUAUCACUUCUGGACAGAGACAGAGAAGCCUGGUCCACUCGUCCUACUGGACCUCACAGAUCUUCAGGAUAGUCGCCAGAAUGCUUCUGUAAGUGUGGAUGCUAAUACAGGUCGGAUCAUGGGUAAUGGCACUUUCUUGCCCAGCUUUGGCGUUGGUUCAUACCAGUCCUAUUUCUGCGUGGACUUUCAGGGCGCCAACGUCGAAAGCACUGGCAUCUGGGUCAACGGCCGAGCGGGAACAGAUCAGAAGGACUUGUUCGUCAAUCGGGGCUACAGCCUGUUCUACAUCCAAGCCGGCGCUUUCGUCCGCUUCCAGAAGCCUGGUAAUGGUACGAUGAAGGCUCGAGUGGGUGUGAGCUUUGUCAGUACGCAGCAAGCGUGCCGCAAUGCCGAGGCGGAGAUACCAGACUUCGACUUCGAUCGCGUGCGGAGUGCUGCGAAAGCGAUCUGGAAGCACAAGAUGAGUGGCGUCGAAAUAGAGCCUGGCGGUGCUUCCGAUUCUCUGCAAAAGACAUUCUUCACAGGCAUUUAUCGAACGAUGAUCUCACCUCAGAACUACACGGGGGAGAACCCCCUCUGGCAGAGCGCGGAGCCUUAUUUCGACAGCUUCUAUUGCAUAUGGGACUCGUUUCGCACCGCUUUCCCAUUUCUCACCGUCUAUCAACCUGAUGUUCUAUCGGAUCUUAUCCGAAGCUUACUUGAUACAUAUACCCAUUUAGGCUGGCUACCCGAUUGUCGAAUGCAGCUUUCCAAGGGCUUCUCACAAGGCGGUAGUAAUGCAGACGUGGUCAUCGGGGACGCCUACGUGAAAAAUCUCUCUAGCAUCGACUGGAAUCUUGCGUAUCAAGCCAUUGUCAAUGAUGCAGAGAACGAACCUUUUGACUGGGGAGUGAAUGGGCGUGGCGGUCUCAACAGUUGGAAACGAUACGGCUACAUCCCCUUCCAAGACUACGACCAUCUCGGCUUCGGUCCAGCAUUUCAUAGCGUAAGUAGAACGCUAGAGUAUGCGUACAAUGACUUUGCCAUUGCACAAGUGGCUCGUGGACUCGGGUAUGAUACCGACUACGCCAAAUACCUCGACCAAAGCGCCAAUUGGCAAAACCUGUUCAAAUCAGAACAAGCCUCCUUCUGGCCCAACGGCACCGACACGUCCUUCACUGGCUUUUUCCAACCCCGAUUUGCCAAUGGUACCUGGCGUUUCCAAGACCCCAUGGAAUGUUCCCCUCUCGACUCCAAAUUCUGCAGCUAUUCCAGUAACCCUCGCGAAACCUUUGAAUCUGCCAUUUGGGAAUACGUCUUCUUCGUGCCCCAAGACCAAGCCUCUCUCAUUCGGCUAUUAGGAGGUCCCGAUGAAUUCGUCCGUCGUUUGGACUUUUUACACGACACGGGACUUCUCGAUAUUGGCAACGAACCAAGCGAAUUGACUUGCUUCCAAUACCACUAUGCGGGACGACCGGGACUUUCUGCGAAGAGACUUCAUACAUAUAUCCCGACUUCUUUCAACGACUCGUGGAAUGGUUUACCGGGAAAUGACGACAGCGGAGCGCAAGGAUCUUUCAUCGCCUUCGCCAUGUCGGGACUGUUUCCUGUUGCAGGGCAGAAUGUGUAUCUGAUUACACCGCCGUAUUUUGAGAGUGUCAGUUAUGUUUCACCAGUCACGGGGAAAGUUGCGACGAUCAAGAACCUGCGUUUCGAUCCUGGGUACGAAAAGAUCUUUGUACAAAGUGCAAAGCUGGAUGGAAUGGAGUAUACGAAGAGCUGGAUUGGUCACGAGUUUUUUCUGAAUGGAGGUACGCUCGAGUUGAUGCUCGGGGACGAGGAAAGUGAUUGGGGAACCCGAGAGGAGGAUUUGCCUCCGAGUAGUGGUGCUGGUGGUGGACAUUGAGAGCCAGUGGGAACUUGAGAUCGGAAAGGUCUGGACUCUGCAGGGAAUACAGGGGCCCCAUUCUCCUAUCUUGGAAUGACCUCCUUUUUCUACUUCUCUCGGACGACAGCAUCGACAGGCUCCAGCAGUACGGCGAUCAUCAGGUUAGAGGUAUACAUGGCUCUUAGAAACUUUUGCAUGGAUGGAGCAAGC